GUGUAGCUCAGUCGAGUCUGUGCUGUCCUCCGCGCCUGAUGCAGACCUGCUCAUCCUGCUCCUGCUGCACCGGACAGCACUCACUCUGAUAAAACGUCCAACAUGCGGCUCACUCCACGGACUGUCUCCUGGCCUGGACAUUUCACAAGACUGUCAUCUCGUGUUCUUGGAGUCUGAUAAUUUUCUUCCAACUUAAUCUUAAACUUUUUUGAGCGUGUGAUUCCAAAAGUGAUCCGAUCGUGAAGAUGUUGUGUGGAGGCUCGUGGAUGAAAAGGAUGGCAUCGUACCUUCACGUGGGUCUGUUUCUGCAGCUGGCGGUGUUGGAAACGACGGACGCCAUCCACCCAGACUGCGCUCUGGUGGUUCAGCACAUGAAGGCCCAAGAAGAGUGCAACCAGAUCCUCCGAGGGGAGGAGAAGAACCGCUCCACCAGGACAGGUUGUCCGACGCUGUGGGAUGAUAUUCGUUGUUGGUCUCGUGCCGAGGUCGGUCAGGUGGUCAGCGUCUUGUGCUCCAACGUCUCCCAGCUGUUUGCUAAUAAUAAAGGUUUCGUCUACAGGAACUGCACUGAGGACGGCUGGACCGAGCUCUACCCGUCCUAUGAGGACGCCUGCGAGUUCACAGAGUACGAAGUGACAGAACCCGAGACGACAUACUUCUCCAACUUCAAACAGUUGUACACAGCCGGCUACGCCACCUCCCUCAUCUCGCUUAUAUCGGCUAUUUUCGUCUUCACUGUUUUCAGGAAGUUUCACUGCACCAGGAACUACAUCCACAUCAACCUGUUCUUCUCCUUCAUCCUGAGAGCGAGCGCUGUCUUCAUCAAAGAUGGCGUCCUUUUUUCUGAUGAAGACCUCGACCAUUGCUUCAUGUCCAGUGCGUCCUGUAAAUCGGCAGUGGUCUUCUUCCAGUUUAGCAUCCUGGCAAACUACUUCUGGCUGCUGGUGGAGGGGAUGUACCUGCAGACGCUGCUCGCUCUCACCUUUGUCUUCCAGAAGAAAUACUUCUGGUGGUACAUACUCAUCGGCUGGGGUCUCCCAACGACAAUCAUAACAGUGUGGAUCCUCACUCGAAACUUCUACGAUAACACGGGGUGCUGGGACGACACAGACGUGGCCUUCGUCUGGUGGAUCAUAAAGGCUCCGAUAACAGCGUCACUUCUGGUGAACUUCAUCAUCUUCAUCAACGUGAUCCGCAUUCUGGUCCAGAAGUUGACGUCUCCUGGUGUCGGCGGCAACGACACGAGUCACUUCAAGCGGCUGGCUAAAUCCACUCUGCUCCUCAUCCCUCUGUUCGGGAUGCACUACAUGGUGUUUGCUUUCCUGCCCGAGAACACGGGCGCAGAGGCUCGGCUCUUUAUAGAGCUUGGUUUGGGAUCCUUUCAGGGAUUUGUUGUGGCCCUGCUCUACUGUUUCCUGAAUGGUGAGGUGCAGGCGGAGCUGAAGAAGAGGAUUUGGAAGUGGCAGACUCAGAGCUACCUGAGCUACAGUAAACGACGGCGUACCCUCUUCACUGAAAGCAGCACGGUCACUCAGAUAUCUGUCCUGGAUAAAUCCAGCCCCAAAGACCUGCCGCCAUCGGAGACGCACGCCCUCACGCGCAACAACGUGUCCAGUGUAUGAGGAAGACUUUAACCACGCUGGGCUUCAUGUCCAGGAUCACACCACAUCCUGAGAAAGUGACUGAACUCAGAGUCUGAUGUUGAAUGUUGGAGGUAGCUCCUCUUGACUCUGUUUGUUGUGAAGGGUUUUCAGAAUCCUGCGUGGGCUGUCAGGUCGACCCUGUGUUUACUUAAACGUCUUUUUAUUCACCAUCAUCCAAACAUCUAAGUUUCCCCUUGAUAUUCAUUAUUUGUCACCUUACGGGCUUUUGGUCAGAGAGGUCAAGGCUCCUUUCAUAGGCAACAUUUUUUGCUCUGGGACCUGCAGCCACUAACUCACCCCUCCCCUCACAAAAAAGCACUAAUAACACAACAAGUACACAAUGAAUGAGGCGUAAAAAAACCUUUUGUUUUUGAGAUAGAUAACUAUCAAAACCUGUGAUUAUUAUUCAUCGUGCUCCUGGGUUUUAUUCUCAGCUGCUGUGUUGUUGUUGCUAAAAAUGUUGUAAUAACUUUUGCAAAUAUAUUUACAUGUUCGGCUAUUAAUAGUGCCACAAAACAUGCAUAUAACUUUUUUUUUGGGGGGGGGGGCUUUCACACUUGCAGAAAACUCCAGAGAAAAUCCUGAUAUUUCCAGGAACAGCUGAAUUUUUCCCUCUGACUCCACCUGGAGUUUCUCCUGACAGAUCCUGUGUAUAUAAGUCCGAGUGUCCGACUGCUGCUCGACUCUUUUUGUUGAUUUUGUGUUUCUGUUGAGCUACACACAGUAUUGACGUAAAGGGAAAUAUUCUCAUUUUAGUAUCGUAUAUUAGACUUUGUUUUUUUUGCCUGCCACUUCCUCGUUGUUGUUUUUUGACGUCACAGCUUGCCUCUGCCGCCCCUCCUGUCUGAAAGGGAUAGUCUCCCGCUGUGAGGAGCAUAUUUGAACAGCCAGGUCAGGAGAAUAUCCGGAGCAGUCCUCCUGAAAUCAUCUAGAUAUUUAAGGAGUGCAUGUGUGAAAACAGCUACUGAUAAAAAAAAUUGAAAGGAUGGUAAAGUUCUCAGCAGGAAGUCAGUUUGAAAAUGUUCAAUGACUCUUGUGUUCGUCAUGUUUCCUCUCAGCGUUCCUCCUCUUCUCUGAUAAUCCGAUGCUCGCAGCGCUGCAGGAGCCUCAUUCAUCAACAGAGCUGUCAAUCAUGGCGUCACAGCAUCAAAUAAUAAAAACUGAACUUCUCAGUCACAAAUCCCAAUUAAAGCCCUUACUGCUCCUCCGUUAUAGAAAUCUGUGUUGAAUUUUUUUUUUAUUCAAAAGAAACCUUUCACUCCCCGUCUCCCCGUCUCGUCACUCCCUCUGUUACCGACUCAGUGCCGCUGGUGUCUUGACUCAAACUUCCCGUUUGAACGAUCGUGCCCGUGUGGCUCUGCAUGCAACAUGUUGCACAGUGCACUAGCGCACAUCUGGAGCACUAGACUGUAAAGCUAUUUAUUUCACGUCUUUGUGUGACUGUAAAUAGAUCUGAACUAGAAUUUACAUGUAUUUUAUGACAACGGCACAGCUCCUUUAAGAGAUUUAUUUAAAAAGAUGACGUCAUCAUUUUAAAAUAAAUCCUUCACAAUACGACGUAAAGAGUGAAACAACAACUGACUUUAGAGCAGAUAUUUAUAUUUAGCUUAUUUUUGGUAUCAUUAAUGUUAUUUUAGUUUGAGUCUUUUAUGCUGUAAUAAUGCAAAAAUUUUUAGAAAAAUGCACUUUCUGAUGUUUUGCAAAGUUUUAAUGAAGGCGAGCUUCUGAUUUCUGUGCUGAUGCUAAUGCUAAUGCUAACUCAGAUCCUCUUUACGUUGAGGGUGAAUAUCUGAGCUGUUGUCAUGUUUGAUCAUUUCUUUGUUUCAGGCCGUUAUCAGUACAAACAUUAUGUAAAGUAUGGUUCAUCACUGAUCACUGCAGUGCCUUCAGCGGACAGGUGGACUCCACGUGUCAGGGGGAUCGAACCUUCAGUAGGUUUGCGGUUCAAAUCGCUGUAAUAAAAUCAUAUAUUUCAGAUUGUAACAGGGUUUUUUAUUUUUGGGCUGUGCAGCAUCAAAUCUUGUGCUUUAUGUUGCUUUAAUGAGAACAAGUUUUCUGUCCAGAGUCCAGACUUUUUUUUAAUGAUGGAUGAUGUUAUCAGAGCAUGUUGUGAUGUGAUGUUCUUUAAAAGAAAGAUUUCAUGUUGUGUGGACUUCCCACUUUUUUUAUCACAUAUAUUCAUGAUGGUUUUUUUUCUUUGCGCUCUCCAAACUGUGAUGUUGUUGUUAUUGUUUGUUUUCACAGGUUGCAGUUUACGACUUGAAUGCAGGUUCCUCAUUUGGUGUUUUUUUCUUAUUUGUGUUGAGACGGACACGAGAGGAGGAGAUGGAGGAGAGGAUUGUUGAUCUUUUUAUCAUUAUCAAGAUUAAUCAAAGAUAAAAAAAAAGUGAAAGCAUUUAAGGUUAAAGUCAUUAAAAAAAAAUGUCUUACAGGG